GUCGAGCAGCAACUGUGGGUGGAAAGAAAUUGUCGACGUUUCGGGUCGAAACCCAGCAUCAGGUCCAGAUUCCAGCAUCUGCGGUCUCUUUUGUCUCCCGAGUCUAUAAUAUAGUUUGAGGUGUACAAAGAAGAUGAAUCUAAGGAACUACACUGCACUAGAGUCGCAACGUAACGAAGAGUGUUGGAACACAGGUUGAUUUCCCCUUUCUACUGAAAUGGUGAAUUGACUGCCACUGCAGCUGGAACACACAGACCAUCCACUGGGUAAAUCUGGACAGGAAAGAUAUUAAAACGAUGGAUCUCCUGUCAGUGGUGUGCUACUGUCUGGUGUUUUAUGUCAUUGUGCAAAGUGUUCGGUUCUUCAGGGCUGAUGCAGAUUUCACUUUGUUAUGGGCUGAAUAUCUGGGAAACAAACCAGAAACCAAACUCUGUAAGAAAGUUGUAUGGAUAACAGGAGCCUCUACUGGAAUUGGAGAGGAGUUAGCAUACCAACUAGCAAAAUUAGGAGCUUCAUUAGUACUCUCUUCGAGGAGAGAGGCUGAAUUGCAACGAGUUAAGCAAAACUGCCUUGAUCAUAGCGAAUUACAAGAAGGGGAUAUUCUUGUUUUGUUACUUGACCUGAAUGAAAGCAGUUCCCAUGAGGCUGCAACAAAAAGCGUCAUCCAGCACUUUGGUAAAAUUGACAUUUUGGUCAAUAAUGCUGGACGUACCCAGCGCUCCCUAUUUCUGGAAACGCAGCUUGAUGUUUACAAAGCUAUAAUGCAACUAAACUUCCUUGGUACAGUGUCAUUGACCAAGUGCGUUUUGCCCUACAUGGUUAAACAGGAGAAAGGACAGAUAGUCACUGUCAGCAGUUUGGCUGGCCUUGUUGCAGCACCUGCUUCCACAGGAUAUGCAAGUAGUAAACAUGCUCUUCAGGGAUUUUUUAAUUCUCUUCGACCAGAGCUUGCUGAUUACCCAGGCAUUGUAAUCAGCAUGGUUUGUCCAGGAUUGGUCCACUCAAAUAUUGUGAAAAGUGCUUUUACUGAAGAGAUAAAUAAGCCUGUGACUAAGAUUUCUGUAGAAACCCUGAAGAUGCCAACAGCCCGUUGUGUUCGACUGAUGUUGGUUGGUAUAGCAAACGAAUUGAAAGAGAUGUGGAUUUCUGAGCAGCCAUUGCUACUUUAUGCUUACCUGUGGCAGUAUACUCCUACUUGGGCCUGGCUAAUCACUAACAAGGUGUCAGUGAAAAGAAUUAAAAAUCUGAAAAGUGGGUUGGAUGCUGAUGCCACAUAUUUUGGAAAGAUAAAGGUUAAAGCAACUUGAAGCUGUGGGUGUCUUGCUUUAUUUGAAGAUGUUGUUGAGGUGGUGAAGUGCUGAUAGUCCUCCAGAACACUUACUUGAGUAGUAAAUGUUGGCAGAUCUGCUAAGUAUUACUUUGCUGUAUUCACAUGACAUUUUUAAAACAAAAGCAAGCACUUAUGCCUGUGCUGUCUUUACACCAACUGCAUUCUCUUCUCACUCUGCAAACUGCAUACCACCAAUACCUCCCCAGCCUGCCUCCUCCUCCCUUCCCCAGCACUACUUGAUUGAAACAAAGUUUAUGGACUGUGAAGCAGACACAGCACAACCACGACACAAGGUUUGGAACCAACAUGUGUAUGCGAAUGUAUAAGUCUGAAACUUGCCAACAGAUUUUUGCUGGUGAAUCUAUUACUUUAUUCAACUGCUAGACUCGACGUAAGAACAUAAAAAUAGAAGCAGAAAUAGGCAUGAUGACCCUUGUGUCUGCUCUACCAUUCAGUAAAGUCAAGGCCAAUUUUUUUAUAUAUAUAUAUAUCUCAGAACUUCUUCGCUGAACAAACCUCAAUUCCCUUAAUAUCUAAAAUCCUUUUGACCGCUGUCUGAAAUAUGCUCAGUGACAGUCUCUACCAUCUUCUUGGUUAGAGAAUGCCAAAUAUUCAGUCCUUGCUGAGUAAAAAAAAAUUCUUCACCUCUGUCCCAAAUGAUUGACUCCUUAUAAUGAGAGACUGAUUCCAGACACCAGACCAGAGAAAGAAUGAAAUCUUCAUCUAUCCUGUGAAGCCCUGUAAGAAUUUAGUAUGUUUCAAUGAGAGCUCCUGUCGUUCUUCUAAGAUCUGGAGUAUCGGUCCAGUCUGCUCAAUCUCGCCUCCUGGGAUAAAACUGCCAUCCCAGGGAUCAAUCUGGUGAACCUUUGCUGCACUCUUGUCACAAGUAUACGCCCCAUUCAUACUGUCCUCAUCAUCUAAGGUUCCUAAACCUUGCCAUCCUUGUCUUUCUUCCUUACAGGAACAUGUUGGUCCUGAAUUCUGACCAGUUUAAAAUGACUCCCACAUGUCAGAUAUGGACUUGCCCGAUGACAGCUGUUCCCAGUCUACCUUCCCCAGUUCCUGCCUAAUACUGUAGUAAUUAGCCCUUCCCCAAUUUAGUAUUUUCCCCCAAAUUCCCAUCUUAUCCUUAUCCAUAACUUUAUGAAAACUUACAGAAUUAUGAGUUCCCUCUACUGUUUCUCAGCUUUAAACAAAGGUCAUUAAGUGGGAAGUAUUCUUAGAACAGUCAUCUUCCCUGUUUGCAAGUUUAGCAACAGUUCUGCUAUUCAAUAGGUCGUGUCAAAGUUGACCUUUGUUCUCUUUUCCUUUAAUAAGCUUUUGAGACUGCAGUUUUGAUCUGUGCACACUGCCCAAAAUGCUCCAAUCCACCUGCCACCUUGAUGAACCAGACAAGAAAUAACACACUACUGGAUUGAUUCAAUACUGUUGUCAAUUGUAGCCUUUUUGCCUUGUGUUCUUUUUCAUUGUGGUAAUGUUCAUUUCUGUUUUUUGGUCAGUGGUAAUGGUUUGGUUUAAACAGUUAUUGUUACUGGCAAGAAUAAUGAAUUGUGGGGGAGAAAAUAAAAUCAUUAAUGUAAUUGUUGAUUUGUGAAAUAAAGUUUAUAUUGAAGGUG